GGGAGAGAGAGAGAGAGAGCCGAGAAGUGUUACCCGUUCCCUCGUCGAUUGAGAGGGAGAUAUGGCGAGCGACGAAGAGAACGGUAAGGGCUAUGCGGUAACUUGGGGGUUGACAGCGAAGCCGUGUGACUCGUGUAAAUCGGCGGCAGCAUUACUCUUCUGCCGAGCUGACUCCGCCUUCCUCUGCAUAGGUUGCGAAGCAAAGGUCCAUGAAGCAAACAAGCUCGCGUCCCGGCACGAGAGAGUGUGGAUGUGUGAGGUCGGCGAACAAGCCCCAGCAAGCGUAUCCUGCAAAGCCGACGCUGCAACUCUCUGCGUCACCUGCGACCGCGACAUCCACUCGGCAAACCCACUCGCUCGGCGACACGAACGAUUCCCAAUCGUCCCUUUCUACGAACCCGCCGCCUGUGCCGUCAAAUCCAACGCCGUCAAUCUCCUUUCCCCCGUAAAAUCCAACGGUGACAACAACGACGACGAAGACGAUGACCUUAACGACACCGAUGGUGACAGUGAAGAAGCCGAGGCUGCUGCGUGGCUGUUAUCAAACCCUAACCCAAAGGCUUCUAUGAAAUUUGGAGACUAUUUCUUCCCAGACAUGGAUCUCGACUACACAGCUCCUUCCAUGGUAACUGAUAGUGUAGUUCCCGUGCAGACAAAACCCCUUUUGCUGCCAAUCGUCAACCCUUCUUCCGACAACUGCUACGAAGUCGAUUUCGGCCGAUCCAAGUCUUGUUACAGUUACACCACCCCUACUCUCAGCCAGAGCGUUUCUUCGUCGUCGCUUGAUGUGGGGGUUGUGCCUGAUAAUGGAAAUUCCAUGGCGGACAUAUCGAACCCGUUUGGGAAGCAUGUGACAAGUUCUACUGCAAAUCAAGCGUCGCAGCUUUCGGGUUUGGACAGGAAAGCAAGGGUUUUGAGGUACAGAGAGAAGAGAAAGAACAGGAAGUUUGAGAAGACAAUAAGGUACGCUUCGAGGAAAGCGUACGCAGAGACAAGGCCGAGGGUCAAAGGGAGGUUUGCGAAGCGGACUGAUAUUGAAGUCGAGGUUGAUACCCUCUACAAAUCUGGUGCUGCUUUAAUGUCUGAUGCUGGUUAUGGUAUCGUCCCUUCCUUUUGAAUCAUGAAAAGAGGAAGAAAAAGGUCUUCUGAGUUUUUCUCAUUCUUGUUCCUGUGUUUAUCAUAGAUUGGAAUUAGAGAAAACGAGAGAAGAAAUCCGUUUUUUCUUCUUUUUCUCAGUUUUUUUUUUUUUUUUUGUUGUUGUUUGGUAUUUAUAUGUAAAUUAAGCUUGAUCGGUGGGAAAACUAACCAUCGAUUUGCA